AUGCCGCCGUCGAAGCGUAAAGCACGUCGCAAGCCGACCGAUAUCUUGGAGUCUUCCGAGCUCGACGUUCCAGACUCUUCCCCGACAGUUCCGGCUUCGAAGAAGCGCAAGGUCGCCGCGCCCCGCGCCGCAGCCAGGCGGAAAUCCCUCUCUCCGGACCAGCAACCUUCCGUCGCGCAGGAUUCGGGCGAUGAAACCGAAGAAAUCUCUCAAACUGAUCUCAUCGACUCGGUCGUAUCCUACUUGCAAGUGUCCAAAGAGCCGGUUGUCGCAAGGUCAGAAUAUGCAAACGACAAGGCGCGUAACAACAGCCCCCAGAAGGUGUCUGCUUAUGCAAAGAUUGCCGGUCGAGAUUGGACGUAUUUCGUCAAAGAGCAGUCUGUCAAUAUCGGAAGACCCCCGGACGACCGACAGAACGUGAAUGGCGCCUCGAGUCCUGUUGCAGAUCUGAAAGAUGUCCUGCCAGUCCAUAUCGAUUUAGGACCCAGCAAGAUCGUGUCGCGGCAUCAUGCCUCGAUCUAUUAUGACGCCGACUUUCCCGUCGACGAAGGUGGCUGGCAUCUCAGAGUCAACGGUAGAAAUGGCGUACGUGUCAACAACGUAUUGGUCAAGAAAGGUUUGCGAAGACAGCUUAGGUCCGGCGACAUUCUGGAAAUUGCUGGCACACAGAUGAUGUUCGUAACGCCUGGCGAUAAGGUUCAAAUCGACCAGUAUUUUAUUGAUCGCGCCAAAGCCCUUGCCGCAGGUGAGGAGAUGGCACCUUCCACCAUGGCCCCAGAACCUCCGAAGCAACAGGAGUCGCCCUAUACAAACGUACAGCACUUCCCGUCGCUGGCACCGGCCCCUGCUGAUCUGAAGCGUGAAACAACCCCACCUCCUCAAUCUGAUGGAGGAAAGCAACAAAGGGGCGUUUUCGAUAGCAAGAUGCCCAUGUCGCCUAUGUAUAGCAGGGGAAUGAUGAUGGAAAGCACCCAGGAAAUCGAUUAUUCUCAAGACAGCGCCAAAGACCUGAAACCUCCCUUCAGCUAUGCGACCAUGAUUGCCCAGGCCAUCUUUUCCAGCGAGGAAGAAAAGCUAACCCUGAGCAACAUUUAUUCUUUCAUUGCGGACAAAUAUGCCUUCUACCGUCACUCUAACAGUGGCUGGCAGAACUCGAUUCGUCAUAACCUAUCACUGAACAAGGCUUUCCAAAAAGUUCCCCGCCGGACUGAUGAGCCUGGUAAGGGUAUGAAGUGGCAGAUCGCUCCAGAAUUCCGUCAAGAUUACUGGAAGAAGCUGUUUCGUCGCGGCAAUGGCUCUGCCCCGUCUUCUCCCGCCUCUGCCAAAGAUGUCAAUCCCAAUUUCAGGGGUCCAAAUGGUCAGAAUCUAGGAUACGACACUUCGAUGGUCAGCCAGUUUUCCGCCCGAGAUCCCAACGAGCGUCCCGGCGCACAGGCGCCGGGCAAGGCUACCGGCCGGUUGCCGCCGUUCAACCCAGGGCAGCCUUUUCAGCCAGGCCCAAGCCUUGCGCCGUCACUGUCACAGCGGCAAGAGAUCGUGACACCUCAGAGACAUAGAGCCAACACACAGAACACGCUUACUGACAUGGAACUGGAGGAAUCGCCAUUGCCAACUGGUCAGCCUCGGCCAACGCCUCGUAUGGGCAAUGGGUUACCAGUGUAUACGCUGCCACCUUCCGUCUCACCUGCUCAUCACUCUCCGGCCAACCCUACUUUGUCAUCCUCCUAUUUGGACACACCGUUCCACCCAUCACAGCAUAGCAUCAUCACGCCGGCGCCAUUGCGGCAGAAUCCCAGGUUAGCGCCACCGAGCACUUUGGUGGCUCCCAGUAAAUUCAUGCCGGAAUCCUCUCCUGCUGGCCCCGGUCUUUUCUGGAAAGGCCUGAUGGGCGUCACGCCUGGACCUCCGCCGCCUGAUAUGUCCCCGGUCAAGGAUGAUAACACCAGGACCAAUGGGUUGGAUCGCCAUAUCAUGAGUUCCAGUCCGCCACCUAUGGAUGGCGGCAUGGGUAGUCCUAGCAAACCUGCUAGAAGCAGCCAAAUCCCGCUCCAUUCAAGCUCAAGCGCUAGGAAAGAGGGCGCACCAGGAGCUGGACAACGCGAUAGUGAUUUGAACAAAGAUAGGAGCGGUAGGUUUGGCGGAAGCGCCGAUGCUAGCGCUGCCACUGCGGAUCCUCCGAGCGCCAGACAAACACAGCCAAACUCGGGCAACAAUGCGCAAUUCUUGAGUAACAACAACACCACCAUGGCUCAGAACCAUGAAGAUGGCGAUGAGGACGGUGACGGUGAUGGUGAAUUCGACCUGGCCAAAGGGUUUGCGCCCAUUGCAGGUGGUGGUUUGGGCUCGCAAAGGAGCAGUAGCAUCGGCCUUGCCAAAGCUGGGUCUUGA